AUGAUCCUUCUUGCAGCCCUUCUCCUCGCUGCGCCUAGCUUGUGUCGCGCGAGCCAUUACCAGGGCUCUUGCCAGGCGGAUGAGGUGGCUGGUGAAAUCCAGGGGGAGGAUGGCAUGGUGUGUGCGCCGAAGUGCUCUGCCUCCUUCGAGUGCCCGAUGGACACCCCGCUCACCUCUACGGCGCAGCCCCAGUGCAUGCUGCAGACCGUCGACCAGGCUUUCUACUGCGGCCUCCUCUGCCAGGCAGACGCCCAGUGCCCGAGCGGUGCAUCCUGCCGCAAGGUGGGCACGCAGGGCGUUGGGUUGUGCAUCCAUCCGCUGUCCUUCGCGGACUGGGCCCGAUUGUCCACGCGGGUGAAGCUGGCAAUAGGCUUCCCCAGCGCUCCCUCUGGGUCGCCAGCAGGGAGCAAGGGCUUCCAGGUCGCGAAAGCGUACUCCGCUUUGCAAAGCCUCAAGCGGCGAUACGCGAUAUCUGACGGCGACGCUGAUGUUUUGACUGUCAAGGAGAUGCUGGCGGCGGCAUCGCUUCCUCUUGGCUUAGUUGAGCGGGAGCAGCAAGCCCUGACCGGUCUGACAAACAUGGUGAAGAAGGCCAUAGAGCAGGGCAACGCCAAGACCGGGCUCGUGUCCGAGGUUUCUUCGGAUUUGAAGUUCUUUGGCAACAACAUGGUUUCGGGACCCUCCGGCUGGGAGCGCGAAGCCGAGAGUGUCGUUUGGAACGUAGAGCACAUCGAGAAUUACGGGGCGGCCACGGGUCUGUUGCGUGGGGUCAUCGAGUUGGGCCUCAUUUACCUCGUCUGCGGCGCCCUGUACAAGUAUCAGAUGCACGGCGCGCAAGGUCUGCAGCUGAUUCCUCACCUGGAGUUCUGGAUGGACUAUCCUGCCUUAGUCGCCGAUGGGGUGCAGUACUCGAAGGUGUUGCUGUCCCAGUUUGGCGGCGGCGGCGGCAAGGCAGACGGUUUCGAGAGCUUUCCACCGGCUCCGGCCGAGAGAGACACCUUCGCGAACUUUGAGCCGAGCAGAUGA